UCUAUAAUUACUGUAUUGUACAUACGGUGUGUUCGUGUUUUGUGUAUAUCCUCACAAUACGCCCUAGAUGUUUCUUCUAUAUAUUGCAUGUGGCCAUUGCUUACCGUCGAGAUGUGACUCGAGCGUCCACAGUAGUAUAUAGAUCUAUGUAUUUCUACUUUACAUUGUAUGACUCUAAUAUGUGAAUACUCUACCGUUUGAAUUAAUUGUAUUUUUGUUUUUGUUGUUACCGGUUUAGCAAUCGGUAUGUCGCAUUUUUGUAUAUCUACCAAAGAUAAAGUUGUCAUAUUAGUUGCGGGGGCUCCGCAGUCGUAGGCGAUGAAACUGCUACCUUGGUUAAAUAUCGAAGCCAUUCCCAUGAGAAAAAUAUAGAGUGUAUACCGCGACAUCUUUACCUGAAAAAAUUUUCCGGUAAGGCUUUUUGACGUCUAUUGUGUGAAAGAAGCAAAGAGAAGAAAAGAGAAUGGUGGUAUAGAAAGAAAUGUCGAAGAAAGGGAUUUUAAUGUGUCUACAAAAAGACCAAUCGCUGUGUGCUCCAAGUAGAAAUUCACUUUUAACAAGCCGCCGACCGGACACACUGCGUCUGUAUGACUUUUACAGUUACUGGAGAAACGACAAUAAUUUUACGACUCUCCCUCAAUAUUUAAAAGCCAACGGCUACAUAACAAAAUCAAUCGGAAAAAUAUUUCACCCCGGAGUCAGUAGUAAUUAUUCCGACGAUAGUCCGUACUCGUGGACAGAAAUUCCUUUUCAUCCCUUAACGGAUAGAUAUAAAAAUGCUCCAAUUUGUCCGACAGCACGUGGACCAGCUCGUAAUCUUAUCUGUCCUGUAAAAAUGUCAUCGAUGCCGCAUUCGACGCUGCCAGAUAUUGAAAAUUUGAAUGCCGCCAAAAAUUUUUUAUCAAAUCACUCGGUAGCAAGUCCGUUUUUUUUAGCGGUCGGCUUUGAAAAACCUCACAUUCCAUUUAAAUUUCCCGGGAAAUUUUUGAAAUAUCAUCCGGUAGAUAAAUUUCACGUGAAAAAUUAUUUUUGGCCGGGAAAUGUCAGCAGCGUUGCUUACAAUCCGUGGAUUGAUUUGAGAAAACGCGACGACGUUGAGGAUUUGAAUUUGAAAUUUCCGUGGGAAAAAAUUCCAAAAGAAUUUGCUGUGAAAAUAAUCCAGUCUUACUACGCAUCGGUAUCUUAUGUUGACUAUUUAGUGGGUAAAUUAAUUAAGCAGUUGAUUAAUAUGGAGAUUGAUAAGAAUACAGUCGUCGUAUUGACUUCUGAUCACGGGUGGUCACUGGGCGAGCACAGUCUUUGGGGAAAAUACAGUAAUUUUGACGUUGCCGUACGGGUUCCUUUGAUUGUUUCGUUGCCGAAGAUGAAGAAUAAAGUGUAUAGUAGAUCGAUAGUAGAAUUGGUCGAUUUGUUUCCAACGAUAGCGGAACUUGGAGGAAUUCCAAUUGAUACUUGUGGAAAAAUGAAUGAUAAUUUGUGUACGGAAGGUCAAAGUUUUGUACCGGUUUUGAAAGCCGCUGCUGAGAAUAAGGUAAUCAAUUGGAAAAAAGCAGCAUUCAGUCAGUAUCCCAGACCAGGAUUAAUUCCCACCUGGAAACCAAACAGUGACGAGCCUCGAUUCAAAAACAUUAAAAUAAUGGGAUAUUCAUUACGAACUUCGCGCUAUCGCUACACUGCCUGGGUGUCUUUCAAUAAAAAUUCCUCUGACUGGGAGAAUUUAAUUGCCCAGGAAUUGUACGACCACUCCAAGGAUCCCCAUGAAAUGACCAACCAGCAAGCGAACAUUUACUACUCAAAAAUAAAAAAUAAAUUAUUUAAAUUACUAAAAGCGGGAUGGAGAGAAGCAAUGCCUCGUUAAAAAAAUGUUUAGUUGAUUAUAGCAAAUUUAUUUAUAACGAUUAUUUAAAAACAAUGAGAUUUAUAAUCGCUAGUAAUUUAAAAA